CCCAUCCCCCCAGUGCCUGUGGGAUGGAGACGGAGCUGGCAAACCCUUGGGUGGAUGAGGAUGCUGCAGGGUCUCCCUGCCAGCACCUGGACUGGGCAGCAAGAGGAAGGGAUGAGCCAAGCUCAGCCACGGACAGCGGAACAGACUUUCGCGGCUCCUUUGGCAGGCCCGGGGACUGAGGGGUGAUGGCAGAUGAGCUGCUCAUGAAGGUGCGGCCAGCCUUUGUGGAGCGUGUGAGCAAGCCGCUGAUCUCUAGACUGCUGGAUGAGCUGCUGGCCCAAGGGGUGCUGAGCCUCGAGGAGGUGGAUGAAGUGCAGGAUAGAUACGUGGUGCGCACCGACAAGGCUCGCUGCCUCAUUGACACUGUGCGCCUGAAGGGCCCCAAGGCUAGCCAGAUCUUCAUCAACAACCUCAGGAAGCACGAUGGCACCUUGGCAGAGCAGCUGGGUCUGGCUGCUGACUCGGGGCCUCCCGGUGCGCAGCUGGCCUCCCCCAGCACUGAGGCCCCCCUUGGGCCCCCCAUCAGCAUCCAUGGCCAGCAGUGGAUCCGGCAGUGCUCCCUGAGCGAGUACCAGCGCAUCAGGGACACAGAAGGAGACCAGAUCUAUCCCAUCCAUCUACCACGGGACACGCGAACCCGUAGGGCCCUGCUCAUCUGCAACAUUGAGUUUGAGCACUUGAGCCGGCGGGAUGGGGCUGAAGUGGAUGUAAAGGGGAUGACAGAGCUGCUGGAAGGACUGGGCUACAUAGUGGACAUCCAUUGCAACUUAACUUCCCAGGGGAUGGCUACGGUCAUGAAGGAUUUUGCAGACCACAAAGACCACUGGACCUCUGACAGCACCUUCCUGGUCUUCAUGUCCCAUGGGGUCAGGGCUGGGCUCUGCGGGACCAAGAGCAGAGGCGAGACCACAGACAUCCUUUCCCUUGACACCAUCUAUGAGAAAUUCAACAACAAGCACUGCCGGGGACUGUUGGGCAAACCCAAACUGGUCAUUAUUCAGUCCUGCCGUGGAGACAAGGUAGGGCUCGUGAUGGUGAGCGACUCCGCAGACCCUGCCAUGCCCGCUUCCAGCUCAGCUCACACGAUCCCUGCAGGGCUGGAAGAUGACGCAAUCUGUGAAGUCCACCUAGAGAGUGAUUUCGCCACUUUACAUUCCUCCACACCUGAUACUGUCUCCUGGAGAAGCCCAAAAACAGGCUCCAUUUUCAUCCAGCGCCUGAUAGAGCAGUUUCGAAACCAUGCCUGUAACAGUGACUUACAGGAGCUCUUCCGAAAGGUCCAAUAUUCCUUUGGAAAAUUCCCUCAGCAGUUGCCAUCACAAGAACGGACUACAAUGCUCAGGAAGUUCUACCUCUUCCCAGGCUGCUGAUCUCCUUGCCCAUGGUGAAAAAAUAAUACACAGACAGCAAAAGUGUUUGAAUUUGGGGUAACACAGCAGAAAGCUCAAGUUCAAGGUGAACACAGCCCUGUUCCAGAGAGAAAGGACAAGAGGAAAAGCCAAGCAGCUCUGCAGAAACACAGUCAAUCUCUAAACCAGCUACUUGUACCUCCUCUGCUAGGCAAUUACAGACCUGGAAUAAAAUAUUCCUUGAUCUCCUGUCCUCCCUUCCUUUUGUGGCC